AUGGCGCAUCUGUGCAGGCUGAGUGGCAGCCAGCCGGGGUCUCGAUCCGGUGCGGUGCCUCUCGCCGCGGCCCUGAAGAAAUGUGGGGCCGCGAGGCAGUGGAUCGCAGUGCUCGAGCUGCUCAGGGACGCGUCGCGGUCGGGUACGCAGGUUGACACCGUCUUUUACAACAUGGCCAUGAGCGCAUGUGGAAAGGGCAGUCAGUGGCAGCAGGCAGUUGCUCUGCUCGGCAAGCUCAGGGAGGUGCUUUUGGAGCCAGAUGUCAUCAGCUUCAAUGCUGGAAUCAGCGCGUGCGACAAAGGAGGGCAGUGGCAGUCUUCUUUGUCGCUUCUCAUUGAGCUGUCCGAUACGAUACUUGACCCGGACAAUUUCAGCUACUGUGCUGCAAUUAGUGCGUGCGCGAAAGGAUUGCAGUGGGAGCGAGCGCUAUCGCUGCUCAGGGAGAUGUGCGAAGCGAAGUUGCAGCCCGACGUCAUGAGCUGCAACUCUGGAAUCAGCGCGUGCGAGAAAGGCGAGCAGUGGCAGCAAGCGUUGUUGCUGCUCAGGGAGUUCACACAGAGGCAUUUGGAGACAGACGUCAGAAGCUACAGCGCUGGAAUUAGUGCGUGUGCGGCAACUGGGCAGUGGACACAAGCACUCGCAUUGUUAAAGGAAUUGCUAGAGGUAAUGCUGGAACCAAAUGUUAUCAGCUACAACGCCGGACUCAGCGCGUGCGGGAACAGUGAGAAGUGGCAGGAGGCGUUAUCGCUGCUUCGCGGGAUGCGGGAGGUUAGGUUGAAGCCAGAUACCAUCUACCCUACAACGUCGGAGUCAGCGCGUGUGAGAAAGGUGGGCAGUGGCAACAUGCGCUGUCAUUGCUUCGCGAGUCGCGGCAGGUGGGCGUGGAGCUAG